ACGCAGCCGCCGCCAUGCCGUUCCUGGGGCAGGACUGGCGCUCGCCCGGGCAGAGCUGGGUCAAGACGGCCGACGGAUGGACGCGCUUCCUCGACGAGAAGAGCGGCGGCUACGUGGGCGACCUCAGCAGCUUUUGUAAGAAGGAAGAUCACAACAAAGAGAAUCUCUUCAACAGCCUGAACUAUGAUGUUGCUGCCAAGAAGAGGAAAAAAGAUCUGCUGAAUAACAAAGCCAAGAUUCAGUAUUUCCACCAAGAGAAGUGGAUCUAUGUUCACAAGGGAAGCACAAAAGAGCGUCAUGGGUACUGCACCUUGGGAGAAGCUUUCAACAGACUUGACUUCUCGAGCGCCAUCCUAGACUCCAGACGAUUCAACUAUGUUGUGAGGCUGUUGGAGCUGAUAGCAAAGUCUCAGCUGACGUCACUGAGUGGCAUUGCCCAGAAGAACUACAUGAACAUUUUGGAAAAAGUGGUGCAGAAAGUCCUUGAAGAUCAGCAGAACAUCCGGCUAAUAAGGGAGCUGCUGCAGACUCUCUACACAUCCCUCUGCACCUUGGUCCAGCGGGUUGGCAAGUCUGUGCUGGUUGGGAACAUCAACAUGUGGGUGCACAGGAUGGAGACUAUUCUCCACUGGCAGCAGCAGCUGAACAACAUUCAAAUCACCAGGCCUGCCUUUAAAGGAACUACUUUGACAGACCUGCCCUUGUGCUUGCAACUAAACAUCAUGCAGCGCCUGAGCGACGGCAGGGACCUCGUCAGCCUCGGCCAGGUGGCUCCCGACCUGCAGGUGCUCAGCGAAGACCGGCUGCUGUGGAAGAAGCUCUGCCAGUACCACUUCACAGACCGACAGAUCCGUAAACGGCUAAUCUUAUCUGACAAGGGACAGCUGGAUUGGAAGAAGAUGUACUUCAAACUCAUAAGGUGUUACCCCCGGAGGGAGCAGUAUGGUGACACGCUGCAGCUGUGCAGGCACUGCCACAUCCUCUCCUGGAAGGGCACCGAUCACCCCUGCACAGCCAACAACCCGGAGACUUGCUCCACUUCCCUGUCACCGCAGGACUUCAUCAACUUGUUCAGGUUCUGAACUCGGGGCAUCACGGCUUUGGCCACUCUUACAGGACACUUUAUGCCACUGAGCUUGGACACUCCGUUUGUACAUAAUGUAAAUAUUCCUGUUUGGAGCUCCUGAGUCGAGGAAGAAGAGUGUCGUGGAGACGAAAGGUGAAAUUACUCACUGAUGUGCAACACUUAAGGAAUAAAGACUUCCAUAGGACUGGUGUUUAAAUGCAGCAUGUUGGACAGAGUCCCUUUUUUCUGAUCAGAGUACAAGAUACAGGGCAGAAACUUCCUUCUUGUUUUUAGAAGUUAAAACUGAAUUUGUCCCGUGGCCCUUUGAGAACUUUCUUGAUUUGUUUCUAAAAAUUGAGAGAAAAUAAUGAGGCUAGGACUGUUGAACUCUUUCUCCAUCUGGUUUUAUUUAGCAUACGUAUUUAUAAAUAUGAUGUUUUAAAGGUAUUUAUGGAAAAUAUCCCUGUGACGAGUUUAAUAAUUUUAUGUUUUUUUAAAGACACAUUCUGAAAUACUUAACAUGGAACUCUAGCCUACUUAACAAAAGAAUUGCACCAUACCAUUUUCUACCUCUACUAGAUUGAGUACCUUUCAAGCAAAAAUCCAGUGUACAAUGUGAACUUUUGUAUUUUGUACCACGAUUUAAAGGGAAAUGCUUGUGCUAGUAAGCAUCUUUUCUUGCAGUAAUGCUUACCUCUUUACACUAACUCUCUUGCUCUACUCAGUGCUUGAAUGCCUAGAUGAUAGGCACCAUGUGGAUACCUAAGACUUUACUCCUUCCUCUUUUAAUUGAUUGGCUUUAUGAAAGACUAAGCAAAAGGAAGAGAAGCCACAAGGAUAUGAAAAAUACCCAAAAGGGAGGAAAUCCUAUUGCAGAGAAGUAAGGGACUGGAUUUGAUUUCAGUGUAAAUUGAUGGCAGCUCCACUAAGUUGCUUGCUUUGGUUGAGACCGCAAGUGGGACUAAAAUCUGGUUCUUUGAGCCYGUCUGUUCUUUUUUCCAAACAUGCCCUGCUCUCCAUUCCCACUGCUGUCAAAUUGAGUUUUCUGGCAGCUGGUGAAAUGUCCGGAGCCGUGGACCUGGGCUGUUGACUCCAGGGAGGGGAUGCAGUUGUCAUCGCUGCAAGCCUGGCAGCCUCCUGUCUGCUCUCAGCCCCACGCAGCUCAGGGGAGCCUGGGAGGGCGGUUCAACCAGUCCGUGCUUUCCUUAAAACUGCACUCAGGACGGAGAUGAGCAAGAGAUUUCUGCCAUGGUACUUGACAUCUUCAGCUACUUGUGCACACCAAGGAGAUGGAGAAGAUGGCAUAGCCUGUUCUCCUUCCAGUGCUGACAGCCGGGCUGGGACUUUCUCGCAGAGUUUCCUUGUCCUGUGAAGUAAGUGACCCUGUCCCUGCUUCACCAGGACGUGGGUUUGGUUUGUGGUCCCCUCUGCUGUGUGUUAAUCUGCACUUCCCAAUAAGCUGGAGCCAGGAUACUCCAGCUAUCCCACAGGGAUCUGAACUCCCCAUUGGGCAGUGUUUGCCAUUAGCCAGUGGAGUUCCUGCCUGGCACCUUCUCGGUGCGCUAGAUGAGCAGGAUACCUCAGGAGGGUGAAUGUUAGUGGCUUGUGUGGUACUGUGCACAGAGGACUGAGGAAGAGGAGUACUCAGGACAAUUCAGGAAGAACUACUUGAGCUAAUUAUUGUUAAAUAUUCUGUUCCUUUUUUUACAUUUUUAUAACUGACUUUCAGCACUUUUCUGCAGCUACUAUAUAUAUAAUUGACAGUAUUUGCAUUUUUGCAAACUAAAUCACUUUGUGUACUCUUGGAGUAGAUGCAAAAAGGGAAGAAGCCUUCUCUAGAUGGAGCAGUGGGGAAGGGAGGUAGAAACUUUAGGAAGGGGAAAGCCAGGACAGACCUGACAAAGCUGCCAUCCUGCUGUAUUCCCAAAGCAAAGAACUUCUUUCUGCUGGAAAACUCUCUAGGAGCCACUGCUACUUCUCCCCAUGGCAAAGAGCUUGACCCUGCCCAGGGAAAGGAAAAAACAUGUUGGAUGGGGAGCCUUCUCUGUCUGCAUCUUGAUGCCCUGUCAGCUUGAUUGCUGGUGAAAAGCCUAAGGCUGCUGGUUAUACUUGUGUCAACUGAAAGUGAUUUAAAACUGUUAUUUUAUGAGGGAAAAAAAAAAAUUUGUCUGUUUGGGGUGUUUCUUCCUGAGUGAAGGCAGCCAGUUUGUUGUCAUUAACCCACUGACACCAGUGUGGAAAUGAGGCUGAAACCUGGCAUGGUGGGAAGGACGGGAACCUGCAAGUGAAGCAUUGCUGCAGUUUGAGGAUUUUGGUGGAGAUUUCACUACUCGUAGCAGUGAGGGAAGAGGUGGGUGACGCUCUGUGUCUCCUGUCUCCAGCUCUGACUUUGGGCUCGGCUUUUUGUGCACCUCCUGUUGCCAGCCGUAGCGAGGCAGCUGCCUGUGCCUGGGGAUGCAGUGGUACCUCCCUGAAACCAUUAAUGCUGGGGCAUCUUCAUCUGCUGUAGUCCGAGGUUUUAAUGGGCAAAUAAUGUAUGUACUGUGAGGUUGUGGCAUUGGCUGGAUUUAAGCUCAGGUUUAAAUCUGGCCUCGUGGGCUCCCUGUGCAAGGAGACAGGUAAUCCCAGCACUUGCCUGUGAUUGGGSAAUGUCUCCAAACCAAAGGCUCCAACCUCUGCCAGCCCCGGUCCUGAGCAGAGAGCYGAGUCUGACCUCUGCAAGGGUAAUGCUGGCAGCAAGGGGCAGCAGGGGCUCCUCGUGAGCAUUUAUGUCAUUUAGAGGUUUUUCUCCUCAAUUUCUUGAUGUCUGAAAAAUCCUAAAGGGUCAAAGUGCUGAGGAUUUUUCUUUGCACAGAGCAGCCCACCCUUGUUGCUCCUGCAGGACCCUGCAAUGUUGCUGUCAGUGAUCAGAGCAGCAGAAAACCGGGAAGCUGGUGAGUUCAAGAGCAAACCCCCCAGCAAGUCCUGCUAGGAAAAGCAAUGGAAUCUCCCCCGUGCAGUUACUGCCUUGGUCCCCUCCUGCUGCAGCAACAGUCAAUAAGACYUCAUGUUACCAGGGCUGGUACAGUGGUGAAUUGAGUGCUGGUUUUUGUGUUAAAGCUGUUUUAUUAAGUAACCUCUUAAAACCAUGGGUACUUCAGCAGCACAAGGGAGCUGCCUGGCUUGCGGUGGCAGGGUCACAAAUGCCCUGGGAUAUGGUGGCUCCCUAGGCAGGAAGGUGCCUGGAAAGCUCCUCUGCAUGGAAAGCUCCUCCGUUUUAGGACGGCUCUGGCGUUGGGGCUGGGAAAGGGGGCUCUGACUUGGGCUUUGGCAGCAUUGACAGGUCUUGGCAAGCAGCAGCUCAUCCCUGAGCUUCAGGCUCCUUAAUAUCAACUGCGGGCUGGGCGGCUUGGAGUGUGUGYGCUCUUCCUGUAUGGUUUGGGUUGCUUGUUUGUGGCAGAGUUUCUAGAUGCUUUUAUUUUAUAAAGUGAUUAGAAAAAUUGUCUUUGCUCUUCGGACAUGCUUUGUACGUGAGCAUUUAACUGCCCCUCUCUGUAUAUGGGAAGAUCUUUUUUUAUUUUUGCCCCCAGGUUUUGACUUCUGCUGGUGACAGUUUGUGCUCCCAUCCRUGUUUGGCUCUUGCAAAGCUCUGUCCUGCAACACGUGCAGGUGUGACCAGCUUUCCCUGCCCGAAAAACUCCUUAGCCUUUGGUAGCAGCACUUCAAAUAGAGCAGGAACGCUCCAUCCUGGCAAGGAGCUGAUAAAUUCCGUGUGCUGUUUCAUGCCUCUCUUCAGGACAGCGAACCAGCCUUGCCCUCGGGCUGUUCUUACAGCCCCACUGCACAGGGUCCYGUGAAUCAGCUCCUUGCCCCAAAAGCAGCUGCACAUGAACCGUAGCCUCUCUGCAGGCGGCCUGGUGGGGAGAGCAGGGCCCCGGGGAGCCGAGGGCUGAGCGGUGCCAGGGCUGUCCCGGGCUGGCACUUGGGGCUCGCUCGGCUCCCGGGCACYGAGGGGGUCCCCGGGCACCCCCAGUGCUGCUCCCUGCCUCUCGGUACACGAGGCAUCUCACUUGCAACCUGCAUCUUCCUCAUCAGUGAACAGGGCUUAGCUGGGCCCAGGUGGAGUAACUACCUUGACCCGAUGCAGUCUGUUUUAUUAAUACCUUGAAGGCUGAAGGAACUUGCCCCUUGUUGGGCUGAGUGCCCUGGGAAGAGGUGAUGAGGAUGAGGAGGGCAGGGAGGUGGGACUUGUGUCUCUGGAGCUGCGCUGGGCUUUAAAGUGCCAACAGGUCGGCUGCAGAGAGGACUCUAAUGUGAAGCAGCAGCCCUGCUAAUUCUUAACCUACAGUCAUGAUAAACACCUGCUUCAACAUGC